CGUUGUCUCGUCUCCGUGGAAACAGUAUAUUACAUUAGCACAUUAGCAAACAACGUCAGGACAAACGGCGGAGAUGGAGCAGGACCCGGGGCAGGACCCGGGGCAGGACCCGGGGCAGGACCCGGGGCAGGACCCGGGGCAGGACCCGGGGCAGGACCCGGAGCCCAAAACCAGCGACUUUUACCGAACCGAACCGAACCUCCCGGAGCGCUUCAACCGCCCGAGCCGCCUGCGAGGCUACAGUUCUGCGCAGGCGCAUCCUAUGUACAGAACCUCCAACCAGAGCUACGGAAACACUGCCCCCACUGUUCACCACAUGCCAAUGCGCUUCGCGGCACUGUCGUCACGUUUCUCCAAAGCGCAGUUUCAAGGCGGAAUGUUCAUCGACAGCAGCCUUAACACCUCAUUGGACAAGAGCCGCAUCUCCACGGCAACAGCCCGCCCCCAAGGCUACACCCCCCACCUGCACCUCAAGGACCAGGGACAAUAAAACUAC